AUGCUACAACAAUAUACAUUGUUACUCAUAUAUUUGUCGGUUGCGACUGCAAAGACAAUCACUGGUGUUUUCAACAGUUUUAAUUCAUUGACUUGGUCUAAUGCUGCUACGUAUAAUUAUAAGGGACCAGGAACCCCAACUUGGAAUGCUGUUUUGGGUUGGUCUUUAGAUGGUACUAGUGCAAGUCCGGGAGAUACAUUCACAUUGAAUAUGCCAUGUGUGUUUAAAUUUACUACUUCUCAAACAUCUGUUGAUUUGACUGCUCAUGGUGUUAAAUAUGCUACAUGUCAAUUUCAGGCAGGUGAAGAAUUUAUGACCUUUUCUACAUUAACAUGUACUGUGAGCAAUACUUUGACUCCAUCUAUUAAGGCUUUGGGUACUGUCACUUUACCACUUGCAUUCAAUGUAGGUGGAACUGGUUCUUCUGUUGAUUUGGAAGAUUCUAAAUGUUUUACUGCUGGUACUAACACAGUUACAUUUAAUGAUGGUGGCAAGAAAAUCUCAAUUAAUGUUGAUUUUGAAAGGUCAAAUGUCGAUCCAAAAGGGUACUUAACUGAUUCCAGAGUUAUACCAAGUCUCAACAAAGUGUCAACUCUUUUUGUUGCACCACAAUGUGCAAAUGGUUACACAUCUGGUACAAUGGGAUUCGCUAACACUUAUGGUGAUGUUCAAAUUGACUGUUCAAAUAUUCAUGUUGGUAUUACAAAAGGAUUGAAUGAUUGGAAUUAUCCGGUUUCAUCUGAAUCAUUUAGUUACACCAAAACUUGUUCAUCUAAUGGUAUCUUUAUCACAUAUAAAAAUGUUCCUGCCGGUUAUCGUCCAUUUGUUGACGCUUAUAUUUCUGCUACAGAUGUUAAUUCGUACACCUUGUCGUAUGCUAAUGAAUAUACUUGUGCUGGUGGUUAUUGGCAACGUGCACCUUUCACAUUAAGAUGGACUGGAUACAGAAAUAGUGAUGCUGGAUCUAACGGUAUUGUUAUUGUGGCUACUACCAGAACAGUUACAGACAGUACUACCGCUGUGACCACCUUACCAUUCGAUCCUAACCGCGACAAAACUAAGACAAUUGAAAUUUUGAAACCUAUUCCAACAACUACAAUCACAACAUCAUAUGUUGGUGUGACUACUUCCUACCUGACCAAAACUGCACCAAUUGGGGAAACUGCUACUGUUAUUGUUGAUAUUCCAUAUCACACUACCACUACUGUUACCAGUAAAUGGACAGGAACAAUUACUUCCACCACAACACAUACUAAUCCAACUGACUCAAUAGACACUGUCAUUGUACAAGUUCCACUGCCAAACCCAACUGUUACUACCACUGAAUAUUGGUCUCAAUCAUUUGCUACCACCACCACCAUUACUGGACCACCAGGAAACACUGAUACUGUUUUAAUCAGAGAGCCACCAAACCAUACUGUCACUACAACCGAGUAUUGGUCAGAAUCUUACACUACUACUAGUACUUUCACUGCUCCUCCAGGUGGAACUGAUUCAGUUAUUAUCAAGGAACCUCCAAAUCCAACUGUUACAACUACCGAGUACUGGUCAGAAUCUUACACUACCACUACUACUGUCACCGCUCCACCAGGAGGUACUGAUACCGUGAUUAUCAGAGAACCACCAAACCAUACUGUAACCACAACUGAAUACUGGUCACAAUCUUACACUACAACCACCACUGUUAUUGCCCCACCAGGUGGCACUGAUUCGGUUAUCAUUAGAGAACCUCCAAAUCCAACUGUCACAACCACUGAGUACUGGUCUCAAUCUUACGCAACUACCACUACCAUUACCGCUCCUCCAGGUGAAACCGAUACUGUCCUUAUUAGGGAACCACCAAAUCACACUGUCACUACUACUGAAUACUGGUCUCAAUCUUACGCAACUACCACUACCAUUACCGCUCCUCCAGGUGAAACCGAUACUGUCCUUAUUAGGGAACCACCAAAUCACACUGUCACUACUACUGAAUACUGGUCACAAUCUUACACUACAACCACCACUGUUAUUGCCCCACCAGGUGGCACUGAUUCAGUUAUCAUCAAGGAACCACCAAACCCAACUGUCACUACAACUGAGUAUUGGUCUCAAUCUUACGCAACCACCACUACCAUUACCGCUCCUCCAGGUGAGACCGAUACUGUCCUUAUUAGAGAACCACCAAACCAUACUGUAACCACAACUGAGUAUUGGUCUCAAUCCUAUGCAACUACUACUACAAUCACUGCUCCUCCAGGUGAAACCGAUACCGUUCUUAUUAGGGAACCACCAAAUCACACAGUUACUACUACUGAAUACUGGUCACAAUCAUUUGCUACAACCACAACUGUAACUGCACCACCAGGUGGUACUGACACUGUUAUCAUUAGAGAACCACCAAACCACACUGUCACUACUACUGAAUACUGGUCACAAUCAUUUGCUACUACUACCACUAUCAUCGCACCACCAGGUGAAACUGAUACUGUUUUAAUCAGAGAGCCACCAAACCCAACUGUUACCACCACCGAAUACUGGUCUCAAUCCUAUACCACUGCUACUACCGUUACUGCACCACCAGGUGGAACUGAUACUGUGAUUAUUUAUGACACCAUGUCAAGUUCAGAAAUUUCUUCAUUUUCUCGUCCUCAUUACACCAACCAUACAACUUUGUGGUCUACAACUUGGGUUAUUGAAACAAAAACAAUUACAGAAACUAGCUGUGAAGGUGAUAAAGGUUGUUCUUGGGUUUCUGUUUCUACUCGUAUUGUCACAAUUCCUAAUAAUAUCGAAACUCCUAUGGUUACUAAUACUGUUGAUACUACAACCACAGAAUCCACUUUACAAUCCCCAUCUGGUAUUUUUUCAGAGUCAGGAGUAUCUGUUGAAACAGAAUCUUCUACUUUUACUACUGCUCAAACAAAUCCAAGUGUUCCAACAACUGAAAGUGAGGUUGUAUUUACUACUAAAGGAAACAACGGAAAUGGUCCUUAUGAAUCACCAUCUACUAAUGUGAAAUCAAGUAUGGAUGAAAAUUCUGAAUUUACUACUUCCACAGCUGCUUCCACUUCUACUGAUAUUGAAAAUGAAACCAUAGCAACAACCGGUUCCGUGGAAGCUUCAUCGCCUAUCAUUUCUUCUAGUGCUGAUGAAACUACUACUGUUACUACUACUGCUGAAUCAACCAGUGUCAUUGAACAACAAACCAAUAAUAAUGGUGGUGGUAAUGCUCCAUCUGCAACUUCAACUUCAUCUCCAUCUACAACUACAACUGCUAAUAGUGACUCUGUUAUUACUAGUACAACAUCAACCAACCAAUCUCAAUCGCAAUCCAAUUCUGAUACCCAACAAACUACAUUGAGUCAACAAAUGACUUCAUCUUUAGUUAGUUUACAUAUGCUUACUACAUUUGACGGAUCUGGUUCUGUUAUUCAACAUUCUACUUGGUUAUGUGGUUUGAUCACAUUAUUAUCCUUAUUUAUUUAA